AAUUCAUUCAAGCUCUUGAAGAGAAGCAUAAAGAUGAAAUUUAUUCUGCUGAAGAUUUUUAUCCUAAAGAAGAAGCUGUUUCCAAAGUUCAUGCUAUAAAAGAAUGGUUGAGAACUGUUGAAGUAAGAGAUUUUGAAAAAGUGUCAUUAGAUGCCGAACAAUUGGACAAGGUAUUAUUGAAACCAGCACACUCUUCAACACGUUUGCAAGGACAAAAAUUUAGCCUUGGUGAUCGUGUUGUAUUUGUCCAGGAUUCUGGAAACGUUCCGAUUGCAGCCAAAGGUACAGUGGUUGGUAUUGAGAGAAACAAUAUUGAUGUGGUUUUUGACGCUUCUUUCAUGAGUGGUUCAACAUUGGGCGAUAGAUGUUCUCCAUAUCGUGGUAUGACUGUACCUGGAUCUGCACUUCUUAACUUAACAGAUAUGCAAUUCAUCGAUCAUAGUCGAACAAAUCAUAGCAACGGGAUUAUUGGCUCAAGAUCAAUAAGUUUUAAUUCGAACCAUCUGCGAUCAUCUUUAGGGGUGAAUGGUCAUUCUAACCACCAUAACUCAUACUAUGGUGGGCGUGUUGGGAAUAGUAAAAAUAACAAUAUGUAUUUAAAUGCGAAUCACAGCAUAAACGGUUCGCAGAAUACGAGAUCAAUCAUGAGAGUUCGUAAUGGUAAUAAUGGUAACUUAUCUUUGGGAUCGAAUGGUUAUAUAUCAGCCUCAUCAACGUCUUCACAACGAAUGACCUCACAAAUGUAUGGUCUUACGAAUAAAUAUAUGCCAGUUCAUACACACAAUCAUUACCGCAGUGCGUUUACCGGUAAUAUAAGAGGUGGAAAUGGGAAUGGUUUUUUUUCGAGAGGUAACGUUGGUGGGCGUGGUGGACAUUUUAGCAAUGGCAUGAACGGCUUUGCACCCAGGGGGCGGGGUAGAGAUGAUGGAAAAACAUAA